UAUAGAACGUUUGAAAUUUUAAUUAAUUAAAAUCACGGUCAAAUCGACAUCUAACGUAACGGACAGACAAUGAGAUAACGCAAAAUGUCAAAUAAACAACAAUGGGACGGAAUUUCUGCGACGGCCGUCUAUAAUCAACGGCUAUACGCGUGAAGACAAUAUCUCUUCUUCGGACGGCAAUCCAGAGGCCUACUUUGAUUGCUUCACACAUGCUACAAAAAUUCCGUCACUAUAAAUCAAAUACCCAAAACCCUGUAUCCCUAAAAACCUCAUUAUUUCAUGCAAAAGCAUAAAAAUCAAUGAAGUAUUCCUUAGCCAUUUUAUUGGCUUUCUUCUUUUUCUUCAGAGCCGAAGGAACCAAUACAUGUUAUCCUCAGACAUGCGGAUAUCUGAACAUCAUGUACCCGUUCGGCAUCAACGGUACGAAUUGCGGCGAGCCGGAAUUCGCCCUUUCAUGCAAAGAAAACGGCACGUACGGGGACGGAAAAAUCCCCUUUUUAUCCACACCAACAGGCGAAUACCAAGUUCUGAAUCUCUCAACGGGGUUUCUCAUAAUCAAUACAACGCACCUCAAAGCCAAAAGCUGCGGCGUAACGGAAACCGCAAAGGCCUUCUUUGAGCUGCCCCAAAAUCCUGACGGUCCGUUCACGAUCUCCGGCACAAAUGUUUUUGCGUCCGUCGGGUGUUAUGCCGGCGGCAAUUUUUCUUCCACUACGCCGACAUCAAAUAAUACUCCGGUUGGCGGAUCUUGUUCGGCUUCUUGCAUGCAGAUCUACGAUCCGACGUACUGUAACGGAUUUGGGUGCUGCCAGACGACGUUUGUGGAGAAUUGGCGGCGGGUUAAUCUGUCGGCGGUGCCCUAUGCGAGUCCUCCAGCGGGGCAGUGUAUUUUUUCCACUGUAAUUGAUCCCUCUACUUUUAGGCUCAGGGACCCCUCUGAUAGGGGUAAGUGGGGGGCUGGGGAUUAUGGGCUAAGGAUCGAUUGGGCUAUUGGUGAUCGGAAUUGUUCUGCGGCUAAUCAAACCGGGCCUCUUGCCUGUUCCAAGAAUGCUGACUGUCAGAAUGUUACUGGGAUGCCUGGGUAUGCGUGUUCUUGCAAGCAGGGGUUUGCUGGUGAUGGUUAUAAUGGAGGAACGCAGUGCACAGACAUUGACGAAUGUGCAAGCGAAGAACUGAACAACUGCAUUCCACCUCCUUGGGGAAGAUGCACAAACUUGGAGGGAUCUUACAUGUGCUCCUGUGCCAGAGGAAAAGGCGACGGAGUCAAGAACUGUGUAGAAAAAAAGAGCAUCCUCCUCCCCCUUCUCAUAGGAAUCUUCUCCUCUCUGAUAGCAGCACCACUAAUUGCAGCGAUAAUAUUCUGGGGCAUAAAGAGAUACCAAAAGGCCAUCGUCCGCAAAAAGUACUUCCGCCAAAAUGGCGGCCUCCUGCUACAAGACUACCUCUCCUCAGACAGAGGCCGCAGAAAAGCCACCAUUUUUACCGAAGCAGAGCUGGAGAAAGCCACCAACAAUUUCUCAGAAGACCAAAAAAUCGGCGUAGGAGGCUUCGGCUACGUAUUCCGCGGCUUUCUCGCUGAAGGCCGACCAGUCGCCGUCAAGAAAUGCAAAGAAAUCGACCAAGAUCAGCUUAACCAAUUCAUCAAUGAAGUCAUAAUACUCUCCCAAAUCGAUCACAGAAACGUGGUGAAACUUCUGGGCUGCUGUCUAGAGACUCGCGUACCCCUCCUGAUCUACGAAUACGUAGAAAACGGUACACUCUACGACAACUUAUACGCAAAAGACGGCAGAUUCCUGACGUGGAGUAAACGGCUGGAAAUAAUGGUCGAAACGGCAGAAGCCCUUGCUUAUUUGCAUUCUUCAGCCUCCAUUCCCAUCGUUCACAGAGACAUCAAGUCAGCGAAUAUUCUGUUAGAUGCCUCUUGCAGUCCCAAGCUUGCAGACUUCGGGCUUUCCCGUCUCAUGCAGACGGAAAAUUCGCACUUGACGACCGCCGUUAAAGGGACGUUAGGGUAUCUGGAUCCCACGUAUUUUGCUACGGCGCAGCUGACGGACAAAACGGACGUGUACAGUUUUGGGGUUGUAAUGGUGGAGAUUCUGACGAGCUUGAAACCUCUGUCACUUGACAGAGCCAAGGAAGACCGGAACUUGACGACGAUGUUUCUGGCAAGGAAAAGACUGGGACACGUGGAAGACAUGCUGGAUCGCAAGGUGGUGAAGUCGGCGGAGCCUGGUGACGUGGAGUCAAUGUUGGGGGUCGCUAAUUUAGCGGAGGUUUGUUUGAAGUUUGACGCGGAUUGCCGGCCGUCCAUGAAGGAGGUGGUCCAGGAGCUGACGUGGAUUAGGAGUAAGAAGAAGAGAGAAGAGCAUCCAUGGUUGCCUAGACAGAAUUAUGCCCAUGAAGGACUGAAUUUGAGUAGUGGUAAUGGUAGUGACAGAGAGGUUGAAGAGGCCAUGCCCAUUUUGGUUGUGUCCAGAGAAAGGAGUACUCCCCCCCAUGAAAGGCAGAAGCAUGUAAGGUUUGAAGAAACAAAUACCACCAUUACUUCAUCAGAUAUGAAUACUCUUUCAGCUUCUCCCUUUGAUGUUGAAAGCAUACAUUCUCUAGGGGGUGGAAGAUGAUAGAGGGUUUUCUUUUAAAACAAGGUGUAUGAAGGAGAUGUUGGUUUAUAAUUUUUUAAUGUGUUUUUAAGAAGAGGUUAUAAGUUCAAAUUUGAUAAGGGCUAAGGUAUGUAUGUCUUGUUUGUAGUACAGUUAGGUGUCUAUUGCAAGGAAUAUGGGGUCGCUCCAUAUUACUAUAAACCAUUUGGAGGCUCAUACAGAUUGUCCAGUAUCAUGGACUACAAAAGAAUCUUUCUUUCUCUUUCUUUUUUUCUCCAAAGUAAUAUUGUAAAUAGAAAAUUUAGUGUAAGGAAAGUAAGGGUAGAGGAUUAGAAAUUGUAGGGAAAAGUUAUUCUAUUUAAACAUCAUCUUGUUUAGUCAUCAAAUGGUCAAAUAGUCAUAUAGUAAUUUUACAUUCAUUCA